AUGUGGAAGGAGGGCUUUCACUGGUGUCCUUCAGAUUCCAGAAGUCAACUCUUUUUGUCUAAGGAAACUCGACUGAUUCUCGUUGGCAAAACAGGAUCAGUGCACGCCAUUCUGUUUGUGAUUGGUGUGGGAAGGUUCACUGAAGAAGAAGUAACCUCUGUGGAAAGAUUUCUGACGUUUUUUGGCUCUGAAUCAAAGCGUCAUGUGAUCGUCAUAUUCACCAGGAAAGAUGAGCUUGAGAAGUCUGGGAAGAGUCUGAAAAACUUCAUCGACUCCAACAAGAAGCUGAAGACUUUCAUCAAUGAAUCUGGUGGGAAUUACGUUGCAGUUAACAACGACUCGACUGAGGACAAUGAAGAGUUUGUGCAGGAGUUACUUGAGCUGGUAGACACACUUGUAAGGCAGAAUGGAGGUCACUUCACAAAUAAGAUGUAUCAGGAAGCUGAGAGUCAAAUGAAGAAGAUUGAGGGGAUAGAGCUGGAGAAAAUGAUGGCCAAAAAACAAACAUCUGAUCAGAAGAUUAUUGAUGAUGGUGUUCGGGAAUACAGUCAGACACUUUAUGGCUACUCCGAGUCUCAAAGGAAGCGUCUGCAGUCAAGGAAACGCAAGGCACUCCAGGAUGAAUGUCGCAAGAUCCAUGAAAGGGAAGCCAGAAGAAAUGCCAGGGAUAAUUUUGACAUUUCUGAUAUCACAUGGAAAAUAUUGGCAGGGGCAGUUGCCGCUGCUUGUGUGAUAGGUUUGAGUUAUGCCACAGGCACUGGAGGGAUAGUGGCUGGGAUAGCUGCAGCAAUAUUUCGUUUAAAGUAA